UCAGUGGAGCUGCAGCUCAGAGGUGGAUAAAGUUCGUCUCCACGUUGGAAGUGAUAGAAAGUAUUAUCCCAAUCCGGGCACCGUUUCCUGCGUUUAGGUAGGAGGAUCAAUCAAAGAAGGAUACUUUGUGUGGAAUUCCGCUGCGUUUUUGGCGGGGAAAUCGGUUACUUUAACCGACGAUCGCGCGGUUAGCGAGGAAAAAGUUUUCUCGGGACACCAAGUUGUCAAGUGAUUGGAACUUCCAACAAAAGGCGGACUCUUGUCACAAGGCUGGGGACUCGGAAGUCAUAUGUAAAUUUGACAGUUAAAAGGUGAGAAAGCAUCUUUUUUUUUAAAGCGAUUUAAACUUAAUGUCCGGGAAAAUGGAAGCGACGUUUUACGACGACGCCGUGAAUGCGUCAAACAACUCUCAACACGACGGGACGAGGGUGUACGGCUUCAACGCGAAAACCCUCAAGCAGUCUAUGACUCUCAAUCUGAACGACCCGAAAAACUUUAAACCUCAGCUGGGCCCCAAGGCCUUGGAUAUCCUCACGUCCCCGGACGUGGGUUUGCUCAAACUGGCCUCGCCGGAACUGGAGAGGUUGAUCAUCCAGUCCUGCACCGGCUUGACGACUCCCACGCCGACGCAGUUCGUCUGUCCCAAGAACAUCACAGACGAGCAGGAGGGUUUUGCGGAAGGUUUUGCGAAGGCUCUGGCUGAGCUCCACUACCAGCAGAUGAGCACCGCGCCCCCGGAGGCGCAGACCACCGGCAUUGCAUCCGGCGCAGCUGCGUCCGACAGCGGUGAGAACCAGUACAGCUGCACGGUGCGCCCGGAGCCUCCGGAGUACACCAACCUGUCCUCCUUCAACCGAGCCUCACUGGCCUCAUCUUCAUCUGCCAACGACAGACACCCACCGGCGUGUUACCAGGGACCUCCAGCGGCUCCCCAUGUGGAGCACUCUCGCCUCCGCUCCCUGAAGGAGGAACCGCAGACGGUGCCUGAGAUGCCCGGUGAGACGCCACCACUCUCCCCAAUUGACAUGGAGAGCCAGGAGCGCAUCAAAGCAGAGAGGAAGCGUAUGAGGAACCGAGUGGCUGCUUCCAAGUGCCGAAAGAGGAAGUUGGAGAGGAUAUCUCGUCUGGAGGACAGGGUGAAGAACCUCAAGAGCCAGAAUACGGAGCUGGUGUCUUCUGCCAAUGUUCUGCGGGACGAGUUGGCGCUGCUUAAACAGAAGGUCAUGGACCAUGUCAACAGCGGCUGCCAGCUCAUCCUGACACAGCAGCUCCAGGCCUUCUAGGCUCCCCCAGGGGGGGUGGGGGCGACUUGGGACCAAACUACUCCAAGUGGCCUGAAAGUUGUUGAUGAAAGCGGUCGUCAGCUCAGGCACUUCCUGCUAACUUUCUGCAGAAAGAAAGUAGUGACUUUGAAACGUUCAUGAAUGACACGGAACACUCAGAGGAAAAACAUCACAUCCUUGUGUCACAUACUGGGGGUGGGCAAUAUCGAUACGAUACCAAGUACCAGUGCCAGUAUUGCCAAUACUUUUUUACUUGAAAUACUUCAAAAACAAGAAUGCAAAAUAAGGUUACAAAAUCAUUUGACUUUGUUGGAUUAACAUCUACAAAAAAAAUAGUGAAAAUAACAAGAACUGAAAUAUCACUCAGAUACCAGCACUACCUUCGGUAUCAAUACUGCCAUCGAUCACCCCCCAAUCAUAUCUUUUUAUACUAGUCCAUCCAAUACUGAUGUCGGAGCAUCUGGUCAUGACCUAUGAUGUCAAACAGGUUGCAAUAAAAAUCAUUUUAGACACGCACUUGUACAGAAACACUAACAUUGUCACCUUUACGCUCAGGUGUGAAGCACUGACUUAACCUGCCUUACUUUUAAUCCUCGCAGUGAUGCAACUUUUGGGAUACAGGUGUAACCAAUGUUAGACAUUAAGUCAUGUUUAUAUGUUGUUGUUUUUUUUUGAGCACUUCACAAUUGUACAUAUGAGAAAAUAAAACAUUAGACACAA